AGGUCCUAAAAAGAAAAGUAGUAAAGUUUCAACUGUCCAAAAAUUGAAGAGAGAGAGAAAGAUAGAGAGAGAGAGAGUACAAUUUAAUGAGUGUCAUUUUUUUUGUUUAUCGUGCAGAGCACUUUCGCAGGAUCUCUGUGCCUGUUUUAGGGGGAGGGAGGCCUGACCCAUGGCAAGACUCCACCUGUGUCCAGGACAGAAGCCAGAGAAGACGCAUUGGUCUGGAUAACAGCACUCCUUUCUCUACCACAGUCCACUUUAAACUAGAGAAACUAGGCAAUCUUACUCGAAUUAACUUUUUAUGUGCAAUAGUGAGAGGAUCAUACAUAUUGGAGCUGAGCUGCAUUUCUUGCACAACAAAUCGUAAGAGAGAAUUUAAAGGAGGGAAUAAUAUCGCCUAUAAGAGAUUCCCAUAGACAGAGAAUAUGAAGGCUCUUCCAAAAAACCAAGGACGAACCGAUCAGAUUUUGGGUGCUAUGGCGGAUAUGCUGACCUCUCUGGCGAUACCGAACCAGCAGUGGGACCCAGAGGAUAUCGAGCACCUGACUGUCAAAAAAGAACCAGAGAUUUCCAAACAACCCUCAUGGGACACAGAAGAUCUGAACUGGGAAGAUACAUCAAGAAACUUCAUGAAAAGGGCACAACGAAACCGUGCAAACUCAUACUCAGCCGCAGGCAGUGAGGGCAGUAUCUCCACCUCUGUGGCCUCUCUACCACCCCAAACUUCAGGUAGUUCGGCCCCAAACUCCCCUGGCUCCCGCCGCUCCGUCAGCACCUUGAAGAAGUGGCUUACCAAUCCUGUGCGUAAGCUCAGCGUUGGGGCGGCCGGAGCAGCCAAAGGGGAGCGGCAGGUCCGCAGACUGGAGGGCAAACCCCCGCCUCAACCUACCAAGAGCAGCCAAGACCUGGGCAAUUCACAAACAACAGAGGAGCAAUUCACCAUCCUGCCAGUCAUAGACAAAGAACUGGAGUGGAGAGAUGGCUUGUCUGCUCCCGGCAACUACGAUCCAGGUAUCCUGCAGUCUCACAGCUACGAAUCCGACUCACCACAGGGAUUUACUACAAUAGGACAAACACAGAUCACCCAUUGCACCAGUCUACACGCGGAAGACAACAGCUCCCUGUACAUGGACGACACUUCCAGCCAAUCGUCAACCACCAUAGACAGCGAAGAGGACCGGAGGAGUGCCUUAGAAAAAAGCAUGUAUGUACUUAAGGAAUUGAUAGAGACAGAAAAGCUGUAUGUAGCUGAUCUAGGACUUAUUGUGGAGGGCUACAUGGCCAGUAUGAAUGCUAAAGGAGUGCCAGAAGAUAUGAAGGGAAAAGACAAAAUAGUCUUUGGGAAUAUUCAUCAGAUCUACGACUGGCAUAAAGAUUAUUUUCUGGGUGAGCUGGAGAAAUGUGUAGCUGAACCUGAGCGACUGGCACAACUUUUUAUCAAACAUGAAAGACGACUUCACAUGUAUGUGGUGUAUUGUCAGAACAAACCAAAGUCCGAGCACAUCGUGUCAGAAUACAUCGAGACGUACUUUGAGGAGCUGAAACAGCAGCUGGGUCACAGACUCCAGCUGAAUGACCUGCUAAUCAAACCUGUGCAGAGGAUCAUGAAGUACCAGCUGCUGCUGAAGGAUUUCCUGAAGUACUACACGAAGGCUGGGAUGGACAUUGAAGAGCUGGAGAAAGCAGUGGAGGUGAUGUGUUUUGUUCCGAAGCGCUGUAAUGACAUGAUGAACGUGGGUCGGCUGCAAGGCUUUGAGGGGAAGAUCACAGCACAGGGAAAACUUCUCCAGCAGGACACAUUCACAGUAACAGAGCAGGACAGCAGCUUCCUGUCCCGUGCUAAAGAGAGGCGGGUCUUCCUCUUCGAACAGCUUGUCAUCUUCAGUGAGCCGAUAGACAGGAAAAAAGGAUUUUCUUUACCUGGAUAUAUUUUUAAGAACAGUAUUAAGAUGAGUUGUUUGGGUGUGGAGGCAUGUGUAGAAGGUGACCCCAAUCGCUUCGCCCUCACGUCUCGUGGAGCUGAUGGUAGCACAGUGCGAUUUGUGUUGCACUCUCCAUCACCAGACAUCUGUCAGGCUUGGGUCAAUGAUAUAAACCAAAUACUGGAGACCCAACGCAAUUUCCUCAAUGCCCUGCAGUCGCCAAUCGAGUACCAGAGAAGGGAAAGUAAGAGCAACAGUUUGGGUCGGAGCAUGAAGCCUCCUCUGUCAGCAAUAGCUGGUUUAAGACCUCACUCUUCAGCAUCUAUUGACCGCCACAAACUGCCCUGCCUUCGCUCCUGUAACACCUCACUGCCCUCCAUCUACCUGCCCAGCCAGGUCCCCACUGAUGUCCACUCACUGCCAGAGUCAACACAAGUCCAACGCUGUCCAGCUGACUCCACAUUAAAUUCCCAGACAGCGUCUCCGGCUCACGUGCAUCUGGCCUUCUCUGAAGAUGAAUCUUUCUCGCAGGCUCCUCUAAACUGCCAGGCAGUCUCCAAUGGGCUGUGUUCUGCUAGCACGCAAGGCACACAGAGCUCAGGAGAAGGGGGUCCCAGGAUUUCGCAAAGAGAUGGACGUAUGGCAGUCGCCUUAUCCAGUCUUCAGUGUUCUAGUAACUUGGCCCAGCUCGAUGAGGACGACUUGUGAAACUGCAGCAGAAAUGAAUGCGAAUGGCAAUCUGAAUCUGUUGUGUGCACCAGAGCAUGCCACAAUCUGGACUACACCGCUAGUGGACUUCAUUUGCGUCUUUUAUCUCGUGGUAUUUUUCUUAAACCUGUGACAUGAAUUACCUAUAGUGACAAUUUUUUGCGAUGUUUCUUUUUGUUGUAUUUUUAAAGAAGUCGUGUUUUGUUCAAAGGAGAAUCAACCAUUCCUAUAUUGGGAGGUCACUGGAUCAGAAACCAGACUAAAUCUUUAAGGGUGUAUGCUUUUAGACAAGUGUGCAUGUGUGAAUGUUCGUUCCGAAUGUGUGUUUAACUUCCGAUUGCUUGAUCCCGAAACAAGCUGAACGUUUUCCAUCAGCGAUGUGCUUUCAGGUUUGGAGUACAUACUGUUUUUGAACAUAAGAGGGUCCUUGGUGGCUCACGCUGGAUUUUAAAGGUUUCGCACUGUUGGUGCCUCUCUACAGACGCUGUCUUUCUAUAUCGAAUGCUCUCACGAGCUGCAUAAACGCUCUUAUGAAGGAGCUAAAGGGGAAAGAGACUCUAUAUGCAGCUAAAAUGUGUAUAUACCGUAUGUAUGUUCUGUGAAGGCUUGGCUUUGCCUUCCCUCAUUGGGUUUUGAAUAAGGAAGGAGCCAAGGCCACACAAUCAAUCCGCUCCAUUGUAUUGAAAAGUGAGAAAUGCCCCUCCUGGAGUUUUUUGUUCACACCUCAUAGCAUCCACAUAUGAGGUCAAUUACAUUGAGUUCACCAUAUGUGUGAUUCACAAUAAGCAUUUGCCUUGUUGAGCAGAAGGACUGUUGUUAUGAAUAAGGCAUUUUUAUCUGUAGGUUUAUCACAGAGUUUGGCUAUUCUGCCCCCUAUUCAUAAAAUGCAUUUAGGGUUUACUCUGCAUGACUCUUGUAUGGUUUCCAACCAUUUUGUUUUUGUUUUUUU